AUGGAAGUACUCUCACAGAAAAUACAUUCUAAUCAGCCUCCUGCAUUGCUUUUAUUGUCUUCCCAGUUGUCUGACGAUGGUCGCUAUGUCUUGUUAUCAAUAAGGGAGGGGUGUGACCCAGUGAACCGGCUCUGGUACUGUGACCUGCAGCAGGAAUCCAAUGGCAUCACUGGAAUCCUGAAGUGGGUGAAACUGAUCGACAACUUUGAAGGAGAAUAUGACUACGUGACGAACGAGGGGACAGUGUUCACGUUCAAGACCAAUCGCCAUUCUCCCAACUAUCGCCUCAUCAACAUCGACUUCACGGAUCCCGAGGAGUCGAAGUGGAAGGUGCUGGUUCCUGAGCACGAGAAGGAUGUCUUGGAAUGGGUAGCCUGCGUCAGGGCUAACUUUCUGGUGUUGUGCUACCUCCACGACGUGAAGAACACGCUGCAGCUCCACGACCUGGCCACGGGCGCCCUCCUGAAGACCUUCCCGUUGGAGGUGGGCAGCAUCGUGGGCUACAGCGGGCAGAAGAAGGACACCGAGAUCUUUUACCAGUUCACUUCCUUCCUGUCUCCAGGCAUCAUUUAUCACUGUGAUCUCACCAAAGAGGAGCUGGAGCCAAGAGUCUUCCGAGAGGUGACUGUGAAAGGAAUCGAUGCUUCCGAUUACCAGACCGUCCAGAUUUUCUACCCUAGCAAGGAUGGUACCAAGAUUCCAAUGUUCAUCGUGCAUAAAAAAGGCAUAAAAUUGGAUGGCUCUCAUCCUGCCUUCUUAUAUGGCUACGGCGGCUUCAACAUCUCGAUCACACCCAACUACAGUGUGUCCAGGCUUAUCUUUGUGAGACACAUGGGUGGCAUCCUCGCAGUGGCCAACAUCCGAGGAGGCGGUGAAUACGGAGAGACGUGGCAUAAAGGUGGUAUCUUGGCCAACAAACAAAACUGCUUCGAUGACUUUCAGUGUGCUGCUGAGUAUCUUAUAAAGGAAGGUUACACGUCUCCCAAGAGGCUGACAAUUAAUGGAGGUUCAAAUGGAGGCCUCCUAGUGGCUGCUUGUGCAAAUCAGCGGCCUGACCUCUUUGGUUGUGUUAUCGCCCAAGUUGGAGUAAUGGACAUGCUGAAAUUCCAUAAAUACACCAUCGGCCAUGCCUGGACCACUGAUUAUGGGUGCUCAGACAGCAAACACCACUUUGAAUGGCUUAUCAAGUAUUCUCCAUUACAUAACGUGAAGUUACCAGAGGCUGACGGAAUCCAGUACCCGUCCAUGCUUCUCCUCACCGCCGACCACGAUGACCGUGUGGUCCCGCUUCACUCCCUCAAGUUCAUUGCCACCCUCCAGUACAUCGUGGGCCGCAGCCGGAAGCAAAGCAACCCCCUGCUUAUCCACGUGGACACGAAGGCGGGCCACGGGGCUGGGAAGCCCACAGCCAAAGUGAUAGAAGAAGUCUCAGAUAUGUUUGCAUUUAUAGCGCGGUGCCUGAACAUCGACUGGAUUCCGUAACGGAACUGCCCGCGCCCUCCUGACAGCCACACAAAACCUCAAGGGCUUUCCCACCGUUAAACCCGAGAAACCACUGGGCGUGCUGCUUCCCCACGUGAACACGGUUCCUGCACUCACAGACUGCCGUUGAGCAGAACUGCUGCGGGAAUCAUUUUAUCUUUUCUAGCCUCCUCCUUUUUAGCAAGCCCUUGGCGUUUUUUGUGUUUGUUUUCUCUCCUCCACCCUGUGCAGGCACAUGUUUAAAAAAACAAAACAAAAAAACAGGCAUGUUUGGGUAAAUAAGGAAGUGGCAGUCAACACAUUGUGAAUAUUAGAUUGCUGAAUUAAGAGUCAUAGUUGGGCAUCCUUCGUAUAUAGCACCUCAUGGAAUUUGCUUCUAUAAUCAUAACCAGUAUAUCUCUACAUAAAUGUGAGACCUGUUCUCAUGAAAGACUUCUUUGCAACAACAAUAAAUGUUAUUUAAGAACGGGA